CAGGGUUUUUAACAAAUAAUAACGAGGCAUAAACCCUUACGCCGAUUUUUCUGUCUCGCUUCCAAAGCAGACACCGAUUUCCAUCCCUACCGCCGCCGCCGCCGUUCACCCCGCCGCCGCCUCCCGCCGGACGACGCCGCUCAUCUUCUCUCUCGUUGCCGAUACGAGACUGGUAAAAGAAGUGCCAGAAAAUGGGAAUAUUCGAACCGUUUCGAGCAAUUGGAUACAUAACAACUCACGUGCCGUUCUCCGUUCAGCGUCUCGGCACCGAAACAUUCGUCACCGUCAGCGUCGGAAAAGCCUUCCAAGUUUACAACUGUGCAAAGCUCACUCUUGUACUCGUGGGUCCUCAACUGCCGAAGAAGAUACGAGCUUUGGCCUCGCAUCGUGAAUAUACAUUUGCAGCAUUCGGACGUAAUAUCGCUGUUUUCAGACGUGCUCAUCAGGUGGCAACAUGGGAAAGCCAUACUGCUAAAGUUAAUCAAUUGCUUCUUUUUGGUGAACACAUAUUGAGCAUCGAUGUCAAAGGCAACAUAUACAUCUGGGCAUUUAAAGGGAUAACCGAGAAUCUUUCUCCAGUCGGACAUAUUUUACUAGAACGCAACUUCACACCAAGCUGCAUAAUGCAUCCAGAUACUUAUUUAAACAAGGUCAUUCUUGGAAGUCAACAAGGUUCUUUGCAACUAUGGAACAUCAGCACCAAGACAAAGCUUUUCGACUUCAAAGGCUGGAAUUCAGGCAUAUCCUGCACCGUUUCAUCGCCUGCACUAGACGUUAUAGCCGUUGGCUGUUCAGACGGGAAGAUUCACGUCCACAAUAUCCGAUAUGACGAAGAGAUUGUCACCUUCACACAUUCCAAUCGAGGCGCAGUGACUGCUCUAUCUUUCAGCACGGAUGGUCAGCCUCUCCUAGCAUCUGGUGGUUCAUCUGGCGUUAUAAGUAUAUGGAAUCUUGAGAAGAAAAGACUCCAUACCGUAAUCGGAGAAGCCCACGAUUGCGCUAUAGUCUCCCUCCACUUCUUCGCGAACGAGCCGGUGCUCAUGAGUUCAUCGGCGGAUAAUUCGAUAAAAAUGUGGAUUUUCGACACAACAGAUGGAGAUCCGCGUCUUCUACGUUUUAGGAGUGGGCAUAGUGCCCCUCCUCUCUGUAUAAGAUUCUAUGCCAAUGGAAGGCAUAUUCUUUCAGCAGGCCAGGAUCGAGCCUUUCGUCUUUUCUCAGUCAUCCAAGACCAGCAGAGCAGAGAGCUCUCUCAACGCCAGGUGGCAAAAAGAGCCAAGAAACUGAAAAUAAAGGAAGCCGAGAUAAAACUGAAGCCCGUGAUUGCAUUUGAUGUUGCCGAAAUACGAGAACGCGAUUGGUGCAAUGUGGUGACGUGCCACAUGGACACUCCACAAGCGUACGUUUGGAGGCUCCAGAACUUCGUGAUCGGAGAGCAUAUUCUGUCUCCCUGCCCGGAAUAUCCAACUCCGGUGAAGGCGUGCGCCAUCAGCGCGUGCGGCGAUUUCGCCGUGGUGGGGACCGCCGGGGGUUGGAUCGAGCGGUUCAAUCUUCAAUCAGGGAUUAGUAGAGGCAGUUACAUCGAUGCGUCCGAAAGAAAGCGUGGGGCCCACGGCGGUGAAGUGGUGGGCGUGGCUUGUGAUUCCACCAAUACAGUACUGAUAAGUGGCGGCUUUAACGGAGAUGUGAAAGUUUGGGACUUUAAGGGGCGUGGGUUGAAAUCGAGGUGGGAAGUAGGAUGUUCGUUGGUCAAGAUUGUAUACCACCGUUACAACGGUCUUUUAGCUACUGUGGCCGAUGAUUUGGUUAUUCGAUUGUUUGAUGUUGUUGCACUGAAGAUGGUUCGGAAAUUCGAAGGUCACUCGGAUCGGAUAACCGAUGUGUGCUUUAGUGAAGAUGGGAAGUGGCUUUUGUCUUCCAGCAUGGAUGGGACAAUUAGAAUAUGGGAUGUGAUCUUAGCUAGACAAAUAGAUGCUAUACAUGUUGACGUGUCUGUAACCGGACUAUCUCUAUCUCCGAAUAUGGAUGUUUUAGCUACAACUCAUGUCGAUCAGAAUGGGGUUUAUUUGUGGGUUAAUCAGACGAUGUUUUCUGCCCCUACUAAUAAAGUUGGUUCCUAUGGGAGUGGCAAAGCAAUUGUGAGUGUCGAUUUGCCAUCUGUGUCCUCUACGGAGAAGAAAUCUUUGGAUAAUGAUUUUGACAAGGCUGUAAUAAUACCUCAAGAAGUGCAAGAUUCUUCGGACUUGUCGGUUUUAAGUAAACAGAUACCUGAUCUUGUUACUCUUUCUUUGUUGCCCAAGAGUCAGUGGCAAAGCUUAAUAAAUUUGGAUAUUAUUAAAGAGAGGAACAAACCGAUCGAGCCACCGAAAAAACCCGAAAAGGCUCCCUUUUUCUUGCCUUCAAUUCCGUCUCUCUCUGGAGAGAUUUUGUUUAAGCCUAGAGAAUCUGGUGAAGAGAAGGAUUCACAAGGUGGUGAAACGGAAAAGUCGAAGAGAAAAGCUGAUUUUCCAUUAUCCCAGUUCUUACAAUACCUUCAAUCUGCGGCUGAUGCAGAUAAUUUUGCAGCGUUUACAGAGUAUGUUAAAGAAUUAUCUCCUUCAACAUUGGAUAUGGAACUUAGGAUGCUUCAGAUUAUAGAUGACGACGAUGAUGAUGAGGAAGAAACCAACAAAAGACCUGAACUGCAUUUCAUUGAACUUCUGCUGGAUUACUUUAUUCAUGAAAUAUCGUGCAGAAAUAAUUACGAGUUUAUACAGGCUAUAAUCCGAUUAUUCUUAAAGAUUCAUGGUGAAAGUGUAAGGCGCCAGUCCGUUUUACAGGAAAAAGCGCAGAAGCUUCUUGAAAUUCAUUCUGGAGUGUGGCAGAAAAUAGAUAAGUUAUUUCAGAGCACGAGAUGUAUGGUUUCGUUUCUUAGCAACUCGCAGUUUUGAGUAUUUAUAUUACUUUUUUUUUUGCUGUAAUUCGAAAUCGAUUUUGUUUAAAUUUUGUGGUGUAAUAUGAUGGUAUCACAGUUGUUUUUGCUCUUUUAAAUUUCUAAAGGUUAUUUUUUGUAUUAUUAAGGAUUAUAAUUGUUGGAUUAUUACAUCUGUGUCGGUACGGUUCUUCCGUUUUUAUUUUGCUA